AUGAACAUUUUUACUUCUCAAGCACAGGCGAUUAGGAAUAGGGUUUACGAAGAGUUAACAGCGCUGCUGAGAUAUGGGAUAAAGCCUUUCCCCAGCUGUGUUACUUUACAAGAUUGCCUUCACCUCCAACUGUACAGAGAUCCCAAAGACCGAUACAAGAAAGGCCAGACCAAGGCCUCACUUUCACUGCAGCACUUCUUAGGAUUCGAGUCCGGAUUCACACUAGACAAGGAAUCAAAUACAAUAGCUAUCAUUUGUCAAGAUGUUACUGUUGUUCUGGCAUUUGAAACCCGAGAAAGACUUAUUGCUUGGCAAGUGAAAGUGGGCGGUCAGCUGGGGUCUUCGAAAGAAUUCCUGGUGAUGAUUGGAGCAGGAGGCUCUCGCAAGCUGCCAGCUGGUCCAGCACGUUUGCAUCUUCAAGACAGGAGAUUUGCUCUCACGAGUGGUGUACCGCCCCGUCUUUUAGGACUGUGGGAGAUUGCACAUUUAAGACGGUACGGAGUAGCGGAAGGACGUUUUUGUUUUGAAGGAGGUUCAUACUGUGGGAAAGGAGAAGGCUUACAUUUACUUAUAACCGAUCAGGCUCAAGACAUCACCGAUGCAUUCGAUCGAGCUGCACAAGGAAAUCUUUCUCUUCAACGCCCACCAGCUUCCAGAACCGGUGCCGAGCGUGGUAAUAAGACACGAUCAAACUCUCGACUCUCAGAUCAAAACAAUGGCGAUCAAUCAAUGCCAGAAUCUGCCUGUGGCUUGUACGAGGAAAAUUUUUUUGGCGAAGAUUGUGGAGAACCUUCGCAGUUUUGGCCAUCUGUUGAGAGAAGAGAUUUAAAUAAUCACGAAUAUAGAGCUGAAACUGAAAUCAAUGCAGAACCACCAUGGACUGGCGCAGAUCACGUCACUUUAGAGAGAUGCAAUAAUUGUUUAUCAAAGCUCGGUGUAAUGACCCGUACCUCAACAGUUGCAAUAUCUCCAAAUAGCCGCCAAUUUAAUCCUGCUUGGACCAUGGAAUCCGUUCCGGAGAGCAGUUCCGAUAAUUCAUCAAAUAGUACAGAAUAUUUAACUCCUAAAACUAUGAGAAAAAAUCUUGAAUCAUGUCAAUGUCAUGAUCGACCACCUCAAAGGCCACCUAAACCACCCCACUUAGAUCAGAAAAAGCCACCCGCUCCUUUGCCAUUUCAGAGCUGUUCUUGUAUUGCUAAUGAUAAUUAUACCAUAAAUAAUAUGAAAGUUGGUCCUUAUGAAAAUUAUGAUGUUCCUAAAGUUACUCAUGCUGAGGUUGAUAAUGCUCAGUAUUACGAUACACCGAAAAGAUUAAAGCAAGCUCUAGCCGAAGAACUUUUUCAAAUUACAGACAAAUCUUCACCUGGCACAUUAGUCUUAAAGAAAAAGUGUGGUUGUAUUUUGAAAUUCGGUUCUAAAAAGAAGCCACUGAUCGUUGAAUGCGACGAAAACUUACAACCUGCAGAAUGUCCUUGUGUUAAAGUAACUAACUGGGCAAAUAAUUUAAUAAGUCUCCCUUACUGUAAAAGAAGCUCUAGUAAGGAACGAAUAAAUGCCGAAAUAGCUGGAAGUAACAAAUCAGAAGAAAUGGCUAUAUAUGCCACAAUUGACGUGUCACGCAAAACAAAUAGACAAAGUACAGUGACCGAUAAAGAAACUACACCAAAUUCUUCUAAUGAUGCAGAGUUGAUUAAUUAUCAAAAUGUAGAACCUAAGGAAGACAAACGAUUUGAAGGGCCUUAUGCUAACUAUGAAAAUCUUGAAUUUGCACUUUCUUUAGAGUUUUAUGAAAAUGCCAAAGAUUUAUUAAAGAAAGCGGGAGUGACACAAAGUGAAUUAGAUGCAUUAAGUGCUAAUAUUGAUAUUGCCGUCACGUCGCAGCCAAAGAAAUCUCGGCCUUGUACUAAAUGUGUCCACACUUUACCUCAUGACAAACAAAUACAAAAAAAUAAAAGUGAUGAAUAUUUACUUAUGGAACCAGCAGCAGAAGUUAAAUUAGAGACACCUAGGGAGAUGAAUCCUGGAUAUACGCCUAUGUCACCAAAUCCGAACUGGUCGCAAAGCUUGAAACAUCCAAUACAUAAAUUACACAAGAUAGAAAUAGAAAAAUCAAUGAGCAUACCAGUUUUAAGUGGAAGUGCUAACACAGAUCAUAAUGUUGAAAAUAAGCUCAAUAGCAAUAAUAGAGAAGCCAUGCAAAAACGUUCAGCUUCUGUUGAUUCGGCUAGAUUAUUAGAAGACUUAAAAGAAUUUGAUAGCAGCAUUGGAAGUCACGCUACUUCUUCUUCCAUGGAAACAUUAAGAAACAUGGCUAUUGAAGGUCGGCUAACUCCAUGUGAUAAUGAAAGGGAAUACUAUGAUUGUUGUAAGUCCUCUGGCUCAGAAAAUAAAACUUCCGAAGGAAGUUUCAGCAAGGAAAUACCACAUUUACGUAAUAAACACAUGGACAAUGCUCAAAUUAAGAGAUCUUCAAGCGUUCCUUGCAAGUCUGGUGGAAAUAGAGACUCUUCUAGUUCAAAUGAUUCUGGAGUAUCUAGUUGCUCAUUAAAGCAUGGUGGUGGAGAGUUCCAAGAAUUUGAAAUGCCGAUGACUUCUAUUAAUUCCAGAUACCAUUACAUGGUUCACAAGAAAAUGAGAGGUGUAAUGGAUACACACAGCACAUCCAGUGGUACAUCUGACAUGUCCGAUUAUAUAGAAACCCUCUCUUUGACGUCAUCACAUUCAUCUUCCGAUACACCAACAGGCAUGAGAUUAAGUCGUCAGCCAAUGAGCACGUUAAGACCGCGUUCUGGAAAAGAAUACCACAAUCGCGAUCCAAUUUUGACUUCAAUGUUUAAAAAUGGAAAAGAUCUAACAAACUACAGCAACAUACCAUAA